AUGGUCACAGGUUGCAAACUAAGUAAAGAAGAUGAAUCCUCGGAUGCAAAUCAAACUCUAUAUAGAUCCAUGAUUGGAAGUCUUUUAUAUGUAAUAGCUCCAAGGCCUGACAUUAUGCAAGUUGUUGGAGUAGUUGCACGUUAUGAAGUAGCACCAAAAGAGGGACAUGUGCAAGCAGUAAAAAAGAUCUUCAAAUACUUAAGGGGCACUAUGGAUUUUGGAUUGUGGUAUCCAAAAGGUGAUGACUUUACUCUCAAAGCAUACACAAAUGUAGAUUGGGCUGGCAAUAUUGAUGACAUAAAAAACACCAGUGGAGGGGCAUUCUUUCUUGGCAACAAUCUUGUAUCUUGGCUAAGCAAGAAACAAGCUUCAGUUCCUUUAUCUAUUGCAGAGGCUGAAUACAUUGCAGCAACAACAUUUUGUACCCAAGUGCUAUGGAUGAAGCAAACCUUAAAAGACAUUAAGGUUGAAUAUGAUCAUCCCAUCUCCAUAUUCUGUGACAAUACAAGCGCCAUUAACAUAUCCAAUAAUCCAGUUAUGCAUUCUAGGACAAAGCAUAUACCAAUCAAAUUUCAUUUUCUAAGGGAACAGGUUCUUGAGCAGUAG